UGCGAUAUGUCAAACGCCAAGCUACCCUCUUCGGCUCUCAACGCCCCAGCAUCAGGCGAGAAAGUGUUCCUCAUUGCGCUCGGCAAGGGAACUCAGAACUACACAUGCGCCGACACAACCUCUGCGCCAGUCGCCGAUGGUGCCCUCGCCAAGCUCUACGACGUCAGCUGUAUCGUUGCUAGCAACCCCAGCAUCAAAACUUCUUCUCUCCCUGCCAACAUUCCAUCCAUUGGCACACAUUUCUUCCACGACCUCAAGACACCUGAAUUUACGCUUUCCAACAUCGGCGUCACCAUGCUGCAGAAGGUCCAGGAUACCCCUGCCCCGAACCCAGAUCAAGAUGUCAAGUGGCUGAGGCUCCAGACCGAGGCUACUGGCACCACCACCCAAAUCAAGGAGGUCUACCGUGUGCAGACCUCGGGUGGAGUCGCGCCAAAGACUUGUGCCGGCAAGGUUCCAGGACAGGUUUUCACCGUCGCGUAUGAGGCUCAGUACUGGAUGUUUGCCUAA